AUGAAACCCCACAAUAAUGAUGAUGAUGUUAUAUUAAUUAAAAAAUUACAAAAUGGGUUAGAAUUAUUUGCAUGUAGUUUAUAUAAUGUCACCAGUACCAAAAAAAUUUUUUUUGUGACAGAGCAACAUGACAAAUUGAUGAAAAAAAUAGUUAAAUUAGAUGAGGAUAAAGUCCUGGAACAAUUGGUAAUUAGAUUUGUAUCGGAAUGUAAAUCAAGUUACAGGGAAAUAAAAAAACAAAACAGUAUAUUAAAAUUACAAGAUGCUUUCAAAGAUUUUGAUGAUAAAAUAGAAACUGACUACAUUGCUAAGAUGUCGAUAAAUAAUGGAAAACAACAAUUUAAACCAAAAUUUGUUGAAAAAAAGCCUCUAUCGUCAGCAUGGGUAACACCCGAAUUUACAUCUACAGAAGAGGCAACCAAAGAAUAUCAACAUCAUUUAUACAGUGAUAAUAAUAAUAAAUUAUCUUUUUUAAUGGUCUAUGAAAUUUCAAGAAUCUUGAAACCAUUUGGACCAAUUAAACCCACUUUUUCCAUAUGGGAAUAUAUUAAAAAAAACUGUGGCGGCAGUAACGGUUUUCAAUUAAAUGAGUACUUUAGAGUAAUUUGUCAACAGUAUUGUAAAAGUCAAAAUAUAAAUCCCUUUUUAGAAAUAAGUAGAUUGCUUCCACGAAAUCAAAAUGUUUGGAAGUUAUGGGAGGACGAACAAAUUGAUAUUUCUACUACUAAAUCAUCAUCGUCGUCGCCGUCGCAUAUACUAUAUAGUGCAAAGGUGGUUCCAUGUAAAGGAAAAUUGGUGAUACAUUUGAAUCCACCAAAAAUUGGAGUUUCCAAAAGAUACUAUAGACUAUAUUCCUCAAAUAGAUUUUUACACAUAAAAGUUGAAACAGACAAUUUCGAUGGAGAGCUUCAAUCUCAAUUAUUAUGUCCAUUAAAUUUGUUUGAGAGGAGGUACGAAUUUUUUUAUGCAAAAGAUAAGAUAUUCUAUUAUUUUGCAACACAUGGUAUAGACUUGGAACCAAAAUCACUAUGGGAAGUUAUCGACUUCAAUAUCCCAAUGGAAUUAAAUCAUGAUCUAACAAUUUCAAAGUUCUACUCCAGAGUAUCAUUAGGCCUUUCCAACACUAAACCAACAAUUGUUUUUCAACCGCAUGAGAUUCGAUAUAAUGUUGAUGACAUUAUAAAGAACGGUCAUUGUCUGACAGAUGGCUGUUCUGCAAUUUCAUUAGCAGCAAUGAAAAAAGUUGCCUUGAUGUUGGGAUACUUGGAAACACCGCCUGCAAUUCAAGGUAGAAUAGGAGGCUCUAAAGGUGUUUGGUAUUUAAAACCACAAGAAGGUCAUGAUAAUGAUAAUGGUGUAUGGAUCGAGCUUCGAAAAAGUCAGAUAAAAUAUCAAUUGAGGCCUCACAGGGUUGGAAAUGAUGAACAUUUAAGGACUUUGGAAGUUAUUAAUGUCGUAAAAUCUCCAAAAACACCAGGUUUACUAAACAUACAGUUUAUUAGGGUAUUGGAAGGUGGAGGUUUAAGCGCAAACGUUUUCAUACAGAUAGUUAAAGAAAACAUAUCAAGAAUAAAAGAGAAAGUGAUUGGUAAUGAAAAUCGACAUGAACUGAUAUCUUGGCUGCAUGAUGUUGGUAAUAUAACUAAGAGAAGGAUAAAUGAAAAAUACAUGUAUAAUGAUGAUGAUAUAUCACCAGAAAUAACUAACCAAGAGGAUUUUACAAAUUUUGAGACAGAGCUAAAAGAACUUUCAGGGGUGCCUGAGUCGAAUUAUGAACAAUGUAUUCAACUUCUCAGUGCUGGUUUUACCCCAUCCAGUUGUGCAUUCCUUGCAAAGAAAUUGACAGAUGUUUUAAUUUAUACUUUAAGUCCGUUGAUAAAUAAGUAUAAGAUUGAAGUUCCAUUAUCAAGAACGUUGAUUUGUAUAGCUGAUCCUAGUGGUACAUUACAGCCGGGUGAAAUAUUUAUUCAGUUGGAUAAGUAUGCAGGUGUAGAUCCUAGAACCGGCCUACCUUUUGGUGUGAUCGAAGGAUAUGUGAUUUUGGCAAGGAAUCCAUGUUUGCUUCCAUCAGACAUUAUAAAGGUUAAGGCUGUCAAGAAUCAAUACCUGAAAAAUUAUUACAAUUUGCUAAUAUUCCCAAUAAAUGUUAAACCAGGUGAAGGUUCAUUAGCAAAUCAUUUGAGCGGUGGUGAUUAUGACGGAGAUAAGAUUUUUUGCUGUUGGGAUUCACGCAUUGUAACUCCAUUUCAAAACUCACUUUUGUUACCAUUGGAUCCAAACGUUAAGGAAGCAUUUGAGAAAAAUAAUAUUAGAUUACAAGAUGUGUUAUCUCGUUAUAAACAACCGUCUACUAGAGCCAGGAAAUUACAAGAGAUAAUCAUGUAUGUUUAUUUAUCAGAUCCUCCGCUUGGGCUAUACGAUUGGUUUCAUCGAUUGCAUUCAAAUAAAUAUGGAUUAUCAAAUCCAAGAUCUAUAUACUUUGCACAAAUGUGUGCACAACUUGUUGAUGCUACAAAGCAAGGACUAAAAAUCAAACAGGAUGUUUUAAAAAUUGACAAAGAAAGUGUUUUUCAACUUCCAAUACCAAAGUGGAUGGGGAAAGGUGAUUUAAUUAAAAAUGAAAAAAAGAGAAAUUUAAAUGUGGAAAAGAGAGAAGGCGACGAGAAGAUGAGGGAGGGGGAGCAAGAAGAAAAUAAUGAUAAAAUGUUAAAUGAAAUUAAAAAAAGUGUGAUGGAUAUUUUAUAUAUAUCUGUUGAAAAUGAAAAAAAUGUGCUUGGAAAUGAAAGUUUCACUGUAGCAAAUAACCAAUCAGAAACCCUCGAUUCACAUAUUAGAUUGUUUUGGCUCCAUGAAAUAGAGCUUGCAAAUAAAAUUGAAGAUGGUGGUGCAUAUAAAUCAGAUUUGUUAUUGAUUGGAAAUUUUACACACAAAUUAGUACAAGAUUAUAACGCUAGAUAUUAUGACAAAAUUAAAAAGAAAAAUGAGGCUGAAAUGAUGGCAAAAACAUCAUCAACAACAACAUCAAUUGAGACAACCCCCGAAAGAAAAAAAUCAACAUCAUCAAUAAAGAAUAAAACAACAUCUAAAUUAUUUAAUGACAAAAGGGUCGAAAAAGACCAUAGCAUUGAAUAUGAAUUUUUACAUAAAUUUAUGAUGAAUCCACCUGUUGAUCAAUACAAAAGCAAUCGACUAAAAUAUAUUAGCCGAGUAAAUUUUUGUGAUCCACAUGUGCUUUUUGAAUUGCAACUGAAAUCAAGUGCAUUAUAUAUGAAUUCCUUUCUUAAAAAGGAUACAGGUCAAUGUUGUUGGAAGUUGGCAUUCAGGAAUUUGUGUAAUAUUAAAGCUAUGAUGAUGGAAUUUGAACAAUCAUCGGUAUUAGGUGGGCCAAGAUUUAUUAUUGAUGAGGUUUGGAAUACACUUAAAGUUGACAAAAAAUGGUUGGAAAAAGAACAUAAUAAUACUGAGUAUUAUGACGGUAAUUAUGAUAACAACAGUGCUAACAGUGGUAGCAGCGUUGGUAUCAUCAGUGACAAUAUUAAUAAUAUUAGUAAUAUUGCUG